AUGACAAUUACAGAACAGCUUGAGAUAAUCAAACAACUCGUUUUAAAAGAACGUAAAAUCGUUACUUAUGAGUGGUUAAGCAAAUACCUUAAUAUUCAUGUUAAUGAGGCAAAACCACUCCUUUAUAAGUUUGUUUCGGAAUAUGGGUCUUCUAACAAAGAAAGUUUUUACACAGUAUAUUGCAUCUCUGGUGUCUCCACGAUUAAUGAUCAACAUACUGUCACUUUAAUAUACCAGGAGAAUUUAGAAAAUAUACGAAAAGACUUUAGCAAAGUUUCAAGCUUACACGUAUACAGCGUACAACCAAAGUGUCCCACUGAAGCCGAGUUAGUAAAAGCAAAUCAAGGAUCCAUCGAUAAAGUUUCUACUGAACCUGUUUUACCUUCAAAUACGAAUCGGGAAGUUACUUUAACGGCCAAUAAGAAGGAGUCUUCAAAUACUUCUAUCAAGCCUAAUGAAAAGGAGUCAGAAAAAGUCAACCCUACACAACCUGAGAUAUCAAAGCCAAACACUGUGACAAUAAAAAGCGCGUUUUCAAAAGAAAAGCAAUUGAUCAAUAAACAAAAUGAUGAUUCACAUUUAGGUAAGGCCACUUCUCAUGAAAUUGAAACUUCAAAAGAAGAACAGGAAGAUAGACAAUCAGAAGGGAAGCAAUUUGUUAACCAACAAAAGAACGAUAAAACUGAAGAUAUCGUUCCUCAGGAUGAAUCAAAGACUUCAAAUAAAAAAUCAAAGAAGAGAAAGAGCGAUGAAUGUGAAAGUAAUCUUGACGAGGCUUCAAAAGAAGGGCGGGUAAAUAACAAACAAAAGAAUGAUCUUGACCUUCAAAAUACAACUGAGAAAUUUAUGACCAUUAUGACCAUAGACAAUGCUGAAAAAGAUCAGCCACAAGAAAAGCAAUCGGCUGUGUCGGCUAGUCCUGAUCAACAAAGUGCUCUUCCAACAAAGAAAAGAGGAAGACGUCAGACGUUGAAGUUUAGAUCGUAUGUGAACGAAAAGGGAUAUACGGUACGUGAAAAUUAUCAUGAAUGGGAAUCAUUUUCAGAAGAUGAAUCGGUUUUAGAACCUCCUGCAAAGAAAUCACAGAAGGCAAUUAAAGCACAGGAACCUAAAGGCGUCGCUAAACGUGUGAAGAAGAAGAAAGGAGACAACGGUUCCCAAAAGAGCUUAUUGAAUUUCUUUGGGAAAAAAUGA